CAGCCUUUGCAUGUGCCUGUUCUCCAGUUUCAUCUGCUGGUCCCCAGGCCAAACUAGGAGAGGCUAAAGGAGCUGCUGUAGGACGUUCCCUCUAGGUACCAGUUCUUUCUGUACCAAUGGCCACAGGUCUUCACUUCAUGUUCUGCGUGGUGACCAUCAUGGUGCUCCUAAGGGGAUCAAGCCAUGCAGGAGCUAGCAAGAAAGAUGAUGCUCUGAGUAAGGGCAGUGAYGCGGAAAGGCCAGAAGAGGAUCUCCCAACCUUGACUGUCACCACCAUCCUGGAAGAUCCAUAUGUCAUGGUGAGAAGUACGGAACUGGAGGGCUACUGCAUCGAUUUGCUGAAAGCACUUGCUUCAGCGCUUCACUUCAGCUAUAAGGUGAAGGUAGUGGGUGAUGGACAGUACGGAGCCAUCUCUGCCAAAGGCAACUGGACAGGGAUGAUUGGCGAGAUCAUAAGACAGGAAGCAGACAUCGCAGUGGCUCCCUUGACAGUCACAUCAGCAAGGGAAGAAGUGGUGUCCUUCACCACCCCGUUCCUGCAGACAGGGAUUGGAAUCCUGCUCCGGAAGGACAGCGUCUCUCAGGAGAUGCCUCUUUUCCACUUCCUGGCUCCCUUCAGUAAAGAGACAUGGACCGGCCUCUUGUUGGCUUAUGUGCUCACGUGCCUCUGCCUUUGUCUUGUUGCCAGACUGAGCCCUUGUGAGUGGAAUGAGCCAAAGAAAGAGGAAAACCACUUCACCUUCCUAAACAGCCUCUGGUUUGGAGCAGGAGCACUUGCGUUUCAAGGUGUCACCCCGCGUCCCAAAGCGCUCUCCGUGCGCGUCGUUGCUGCCAUCUGGUGGCUCUUCACCCUCGCCUUGGUGGCUGCCUACGUCGCCAACUUCACGGCGCUGCUGAGUUCGGGCAGUGAGCAGCUGCCCAUCCAGACCUUCGAGGACCUGCUGAAGCAGCGCGAGCUGGAGUUCGGGACGCUGGACGGCUCCUCCACCUACUACUUCUUCAAGAACUCCAAGAAUCCUGUUCACCAGCUGAUCUACGAGUACAUGGACAAGCGAAGGGACUAUGUGCUGGUGAAAACCUACCAGGAGGCCAUUCAACGGGUGCUGGAGGGCAAGUUCGCCUUCAUCGGCGAGGCCGUGUCACUGGACCUGGCGGCCGCCCGGCACUGCAGCCUCAUCCGUGCCCCUGAGCUCAUCGGAGCCAGAGGCUUCGGGAUCGCCACCCCGAAGGGCUCUCCGUGGACGCCGCGUCUCUCUGUGGCCGUGCUGCGGCUGCGCGAGGCCGGGCUGCUGGAGCAGCUCCGCUCCAGGUGGUGGCAGAGCCACUGCCGGCAGCAGCCGCGGGAGCGCUGGGCGCCGCUGCCACCACGCGCGCUGGCCGGGCUCUUCGUGGCGCUGGCUGCAGGCCUGGCCUUGGGGGUCGCAGCGGCGCUGCUGGAGCUGUCCCGCCGCAGCCGCCGCGGCGCCACGCAUGGACAGAGAUCGUGCUGCUCCAUUUUCAUGGAUGAGCUCUGCACGCGGUUGCAGAUCACAGGGACCACAAGGCCCAGCCCAGAGCCCUCAGCCAAGGCCAGCGCUUAAGCACACUCUGUUCCUGGGCGGUCACAGUCCCGGGCCAGCCCUGCUCUGGUUCUGCAGCCUCUCUGCAUUACGGGGAUGGCACCAGCAACACCUGCUUUCCCCUGGCUCUACCCUGUUAGCUUUCUAACCUCCCCCGCCAGCACCUUUCUGCACCCACAGUGCCUGCCUGAGAGCGCUGCUUGGCGGAGCUCCCACCAGGGCACAUUAACAGCCAGCGGCACAAGCAAGGUGGGUUCAUAGUGCAGGUAGCACCUGAUGUUAUUAGAACAUAAGCAGCUCUAGGCAGGACUUUUGGUAGGUUACCAUGCAGCCUUUGCUUACUGAGGGCAGGACAGGGCCUUUGAACGCUAUUCUAAGCAAGAACAAGCCACUCUCACCUAGGUUAGUUGCCCAGAGACUGUCCUCCACCCUCCUCCUGACCMCAGCCCCCUUUCCCUUGGGAGCUAGGAGACUUCCGAGACAGUUGCAAAGCUUCCAGAAUGCAGAACUGAACUGCAGGCUCUUCAGUUAGAGAAGGGAGAGCAGUAGCCAAAGCCCAGGACCAAGUGCUGCCAGGUCACAACCUUGGCUCUUUAGCCUUGGGCUACUGAUCAUCAUCAAGAGAAGUUCCUAUGCUUUAGGAUGAAGGAUAAUUUUUGCCCCAUUUGGCUGAUCCGUAACUUAYGGAAAGGAGUCCUAGUUAAAAUCCAACAGGACUAUAGCAUGACCUUUAGUCAUCAAUUGGUUAAAAAUAAAAACACUGACUUUUUUUUAUGUGACUCAAGAGUGGUUUCAACAGUAGUGCAUGAAUUAAAAAAAAAAAAGACUAGUUGCUGUCAAGGCGUAGUAAUAGCUAAAAUGACAAAAAUAACAGCUCCCUGCAGCUGGCUAUUCUUAAAUGAAUCAGUACAGCAUCACUUUAGGUUAAUUUCAGUACAGUCAGUGCCCUAACACUGAUGACAACUUAGAUGUGGUUGCUGCCAAACAGCAGAAGUAGAA